UUUUUUUUAUUUUUUUUUAUUUUUUUUUAUUUUAUUUCUUUUAAUUCGCUCUUGCGCAACAAACCUCUCUCUUCUUUCUCAGAUUCAACAUGGGCCAAUGGUACGAAAGUAUAAGUGAGGACCUUGCGGAAUGGAUAAAGAAACAAAAAAUCUUCUUUGUCGCAACAGCGCCUUUGGACGCCCAAGGUUGCGUCAAUUCAUCGCCCAAGGGCCACGAUGCUCUGCGUAUCCUCGGUCCUAACCAAGCUUGCUAUUUGGAAAUGUCAGGGUCUGGUAUAGAAACUCAGAGUCACCUGGAAGAAAAUGGUCGCAUUACGCUCAUGAUGGCUGCUUUUGAAGGGGGGCCUCGUAUUUUGCGUCUGAUUGGUACGGGCCGGGUGGUCCGCCUUGAUACACCGGAAUUUAACCAACUUCUGGAGGAUCAUUAUAAAGGCUCACAAUUGUAUGAGAACAAUGGAAAACGAGCAAUCAUCAUGGUGGAUGUUCGCAAAGUCGGAACCACCUGUGGAUAUGCAGUACCUUUCUAUGACUACCGUGGAGAACGGCCCACCCUGAUGAAUCAUUGGGCAAAAAAAGAUAGGGAGGCAAUGAAGAAGUAUUGGCUAACGAGGAAUACGUACAGUUUGGAUGGGUUGCCUGGAAUGAGACAUGAGAUGCUAGGCCCAGAGUGGGCAGGUAAAAAUAGACAAGCAGGAGAGGCGAUUAUAUUGCCCAAGUGGGCCACACAUUCACCUUUCAACAUCUCUGCUUGGUUCAAGUCAGGAUCCAAUUCUUCAAAUGCAACCAUUUUGGCCACUGGCAUAGCGAUUGGCGCAGGAGUGGUUACUUUGAUCAACAACAGAAGAAGAUAGCCUUUUUUUAUUUUUCUUUUACUGGCGCACUCGCAGUAAAAGAAAUAGCGCAGCACAUGUUAAUUUGCUCUUUACACGAGAAAUAAAAUAAAAUAUAUUCGGGAAGAGAGGAGGCUGAACUUAGUCUAGGAACCCAGUUCCCACGCC